AUGGCAACUUUACAGCUAUCAAAACCGCAUUCUUCGAAAAAAUCUAAACGCAGGUCAAUGCCAGCGAGAGUUGGUGACUCUGAACUCUUAUUAGAAGACGAUAGUCCUCCUACACUGCCACCACUUGAACUUUCGUCGAAUGACCACCACAUUUUGGACUUGAUGUUAAAUGAAAGUUUAGGACAAUCUUCUGAGACAAGGGUUUCUACGGAGCAGAUGCUAGAACCGCUUCUUUCACCUACUGGCCAAGAAGAGAUAAAUAAUGUAUUACUGUCUCAAGAUGUGAUAGAAUCUUUAAACACUGUGAAACAUGUUUCACUUAUGGCCUUAGAUAAUGUUUUAAGACAAAUAGUGGCAGAUGAUAUCGUGCAUUUGUCAACGCCUUCGUCAAGAGCUAUAGAAAAUGCUGGGAGGAGACGAGCAUUUAGUGAUAUUCCUUCGCGAACCAAUACUAUUACCAAUAAUAUUACUAUUGAGACACCAGAGGAACGAGAUAUGAGUAUUAGAUCACAAAUAUUAGCAGACAUUGCACAAAAUGCAACCAGAUUAGGAAGCAAAAACGAAAUGCGAGAAUUAGGAGGAGGUGAUUCUUCGAAAGCGUCUGAUCUAAUCAAACUCACGGAAAUACAGAAUCAAUUAGAAGCUAAUUCGCCGAUAAUACCGAAUGAUGAUUAUAGUCUGGCGUGUACUCUGGCAGCUCUUUUAGAAAAUCUUUAUCGUAUUUUAGAAUUGAUAGAUUCUUCACAACAACAACAACAUUUAUCGAAUAGUCAUCAUUUAAAGUCACAUACGGCCGAGGAAAUAUUACAAACGGUGAAUGAUGAAAAUGUGUAUGUUACACUUCGGAAUGAAGUUACAAAUCUUCAAAAUAGACAUUCAGAUUUCGAAUAUCGAUAUUCAGAGGAUGUUUUUGAUGAGCGGGUUGCCACUUGGAAUGAAAUUCAGCGUCUGAUGGAUGUAGUAUCGAGUUUUUGUCGUGAUAGAUUAAACAAUGACCCACCGCCAAGAUAUUCCACCACGUUUACUGAAAAUAAUGAAAGAUCGAAUCUGAUGGAUCCGCCAAACUAUUCUUCAGUGCUUGAUAAUAACAAUUAUUAUUAUAAUCUCUCAGAUCAAAAAACUGACAAUGAAAAAACGCAACGAGAUUUUGAUAAUGUGCUUUCUGCUAUAGAACGUGUAUAUCAUGUUGCACCACAACUUACUAAUCAACGAGUUGAACUUAAUAAUCGCCAAGCUAAGCAAAUGUCCGCGGCGAUUUUGACAUCAACUAUUCAAAGACUCUCACGUGGACGAUACGAAGAACAGCGUGCUUCCUCAAGUUCAGUUGUGAAGUAUCAAACGUUGAAUAAACUAGUUGAGCAAAUUAAUAAAUCAGCAUCACGAAGUUUCAUGGAUCAACGAGUGGAAUUGAGUCCUCGUCAAAUUCAUCAUUUUGAAGCUGCUAAACUAAAUGGUGUCAUCGAAAGAUUGGGAAAAAAUCGAAUGACAGAUCAGGAUUGGCAUCCACCAGAACAAUUAUUAGUCCGAGAUUUGACUAGACUUGCCGGAGAACUAUCAAAGCCACAUCGCAUAACAUCUUAUGCUUCUCAACGUUUUCAGUUGUCAGCUGUAAAGGAACGUGACAUGUUUAUAAAUAGUGUAUUAAGAAAAGUCGAGAAAAUGAGAGGCUAUCGAUUGGAUAAUCAAGACGCGAACCCGCCGGUUCAACAUCGUGUGAGUGCGAUAAAAGAAAUUGAAGGGUUAAUGGAGAAAUUAUCACAUAGGUCGACAAUGGACAAUCAACGUGCCGAAUUACGGCCAAAGAGAUCAUUGAAAUCGUUUAAAUCGAAAUAA